CUUGUUCAGUGGAUUAUGGCUGGGGUGUAUUGCGCUUCAUUACAGCAGUCUAACUUUGUAAUGGCAUAGCAGUGCGUGCAGAGGUUACGCUACGCACUGCACACUGUGAGAAUGUCGUCCAGCGAGGAGUCAUCUGAAUACACAUCUGAGUACGAAGAGGAGUCAUCGGAAGAGGAAACCGACGAAGAGGAGGAAGAACCGGAAGAGAAAAAGGAGGCGCAGGCUACGUUUACGUGGCGUAAAAUGGGUCAGGGAAGCGCAAAGGUCAGUGCCGUUGACAAGGUCAGCACGGGGUCCGAAGAGACGGUCAGCUUCACGUUAACAAGACACAACCUCUGCAAGAAGUCUUCAGUGUUUAAGGAAUUCUUGGAGAAGGCACAGAAAGAGUUCAAGGAAAAAUGGGAGAAUCCACAACAGAACACAGCAGGCCUAACAGACUUCGACCGCAUCAAGACCCUUGGUACAGGAUCGUUCGGCCGAGUGAUGCUGGUGCAGCACAAGGCUUCGAAAGAGUUCUACGCCAUGAAGAUACUGGAUAAACAGAAGGUGGUGAAGUUGAAACAAGUGGAGCACACACUGAACGAGAAGAGAAUCCUGCAGGCUAUCUGCUUCCCAUUCCUUGUAUCACUAGAGUACCAUUUCAAGGACAAUUCCAACCUUUAUAUGGUGCUGGAAUUCGUCAAUGGAGGAGAAAUGUUCUCACAUCUACGAAGGAUAGGGAGAUUUAGUGAGCCACACUCGCGCUUCUACGCCGCGCAGAUCGUGCUGGCGUUCGAGUACCUGCACUCGCUCGACCUCAUCUACAGAGACCUGAAGCCUGAGAACCUUCUCAUCGACUCGCAAGGUUACAUCAAGGUGACGGAUUUCGGAUUUGCGAAGCGGGUCAAGGGCAGAACAUGGACGUUAUGUGGCACUCCUGAGUAUCUGGCGCCAGAGAUCAUUCUCAGCAAAGGCUACAACAAGGCAGUGGACUGGUGGGCACUAGGUGUCCUCGUUUAUGAAAUGGCUGCUGGAUACCCACCAUUCUUUGCGGACCAACCCAUUCAAAUCUAUGAAAAAAUCGUCUCAGGAAAGGUUAGGUUCCCGUCGCACUUCAGCUCCGACCUGAAGGACCUGCUACGCUCGCUGCUGCAGGUCGAUCUCACCAAGCGCUUCGGCAACCUCAAGAACGGCGUGAACGACAUCAAGAACCACAAGUGGUUCUCGACAACAGACUGGAUCGCCAUCUACCAGAAGAAGGUGGAGGCACCAUUCAUUCCCAAGUGCAAGGGUCCGGGUGACCCGAGCAACUUCGAUGACUACGAAGAGGAACCGCUCCGGAUCUCCUCCACCGAGAAAUGCGCCAAGGAAUUUGCAGAUUUCUGAGCCAGCUUCUCACUGGAUGGCGCCACGUGCACAGCGCCGUGUGUGUAUAUAUUUGCUAAGAUGGACCCUGUGUCUGAGUGCGCCUGAACGACUGCAGCCCAUCAGCCUGACUCCAGGCAGUAAACGUGCGUUACAGACUCUAGGGUGCGCCAGGGUCAGAGAGAUGACCCGCGCCACACAACGUCUUCCAGACUUGCCUCUGUUGCGUCGGAAAAUCUGUGGGACUCGGAGGGUUUGACUGGCUAUGAUAUGAGCUCGGGAUGUUCUGAGCAGAAGCGUGAAGGGAUGGUUUAUAACAGUCAUCACAGCUUUACCGAUACGGCGAGGCGUACAGUGCUUAGACUGGCGACAUUAAUACUUGCUAAGCAACAGCUGUGAAGAGUUUGCACACGGUUACUGCAGGUCACGUUGUGUCAGCUACAGUCUUGGGGCUGCAAUUAGUACGAUAUGUGGGGAACGUUUGUGUCGCUAGGCUUUAAUAUACAGCCCUUCUGGUCAGCAGUACCCUGUAGUGCAUGUGGGACAUGGCACUGCUGGGCAGAGGGCUUCUUUAUGAAUGUACAGAUUGUUGUUUAAAAAAUAGAAAUUCUGAUGAAAUGGUUGUAGAAAUCAAGUGGUACACGUGGAUGUUUUGCAUACUGCAUCUUGUGGAGUUUGUGCUGUCUGUGAUGGGUGAGCUUGUUCGUUCUAAUCAGUCAAGUGUUACCUCCCGACCCACCCACCCACCAUGCUGUCAACCUACCCAUGGUCUACCGCCUAAUCAUCAUACUCGCUAGCACAAACAUACACACUCUUUUGUUCCAUCGGUGAAGUGUUCCUCGUGAGUUUCUUCCUUCAUCCUAUUCCCCAUGAUUGCCUAGAUUUCUCUCUGAGAGAGUACAAUACUUUGAAUUGUGUGGGUGAGGCAUGCACAUGUCCUAAAAGCUGGGAUUUCGGAAGCUGCUAGCAUUCCGUGAAUACUUUUUGAGAGAAGUGAGACAGCAGAUAUUUGGAGCAGGGGGAGGUAGCUAAUUGUUAGCUACAGAGUGGGCAAGUUCAGUCAGCAUUGUUGUUUGUCAGUGUUGCAUGUGCUGCCAGCUGGUGGAUACCUGAACAAUGAGAGAUCUGGGCCACUUGGGCCAUCUACAUUAUAUCAAACUCGUUUUUUUCCCUUCCAGAAUCGGAAUUAUUGCAUGGAAUGCAUUAUGCAAUUUAUUGCAUUUUACUUGUUGCCUACGCUGUUGCCAUACGAAUUUACAGGUGUUUCUAGUUUAGUUUUUGUUGACCGUGCAAUGCAAAGUAGGUUAACUCGUAUGUUAUACGUACGGCCGGGGAAGUGCAAAAAUUUGUUAAAGAAAUUGCGAGCUCACACAUUGUCUACCCCGUCGGCAAUUUUAGGUUUUAAAAGCGUUCACCGGUGUUAUAAUUGCUCGCUGACAUGUUAGAUGUUGUUUUAUCAGUCGAUCUCGAUCUUUUACCGAUCGAGCGAGCAAUAUUUUAACUGUAAUUCCGUUGGCCUAUAUUUCAGCCAGGCAACACGGGGCGCAGUACCUGCCUUCCAGUUCUAUCGUAAACUUGUGAUGAUGACUACCCAUGGCGGCUGGCCGCGGCUGCGGGGCUGUACAGUUCUGUGCACAUCGUCAUAUUUAUGCUACGUGUUGUUGUUUUAUUUUACCUUCAUUCUGACACGUGCGCGAUUGCUGCUUGGCCCACCACCAUUCCUUGACAGUGCCUGUGCACGAGUGGGCUUGGUCACCUCACGAGAGAGGGCAGUGAGGCCAGGGCUGUGGCGCGGCGGGCCGACCAGUCCGUAGAGCCGACAGGGUUGGUUGUACGUUGCCGACCGCUGCCGAUGCGGGGUCGCUCUCUACAUUCACGCGUGGCGACCACGAGCAGCUAGCGUUGAAACUAGUCACUGAUGUUAACACCUGUAGUCAGUACAGGCACCCGCAGUCACUUUCAAGGCAUACCGAAAUGUUUAGGCUUAAUCGAGGUCUGUUUGACAUGUUGAGAACGUAGUAAUUUAAAGUGUAGAUCGUUAGGUGGUAGGUAGGAUACUGUCUUAUGAAUGUAUUGGAUUCAUGGAUUACCCGUGGUAUGUAGUGUAACAUACGUGCGUACAGUUUGCAGGCCUUGAACUUGGUUGCGGUGCCACCAUGGCUACUACAGUGCACACAAACUACAACUACAUAUUUUACAGAUUGUUUGUAGUCGUUAAGAUAUUUAAUAACAUUAGAAUAAAUUUAAGUCUGUGUUUUGUUGUAAAAUCA